AUGGAUGUCCCUGAGCCCGAGCAGACUCCGUUCACCGCGGUGACUGCGCAGACGUCGAAGCUCGCCAGAAAAUAUCAAACACUUCUCGAUGCCUCGACACCGUUCACUGCCUACCGCUGGAUCGGCACCGUCGUCCUUCUCAUCAUCUUCUUCCUGAGGAUCAUCCUAGCCCAGGGCUGGUACAUCGUCGCCUACACUCUCGGCAUCUACCUUCUGAACCUCUUCCUUCUCUUCCUUCAACCCAAGUUCGACCCCUCUCUUACUCAAGACGAAGGUCUCGAGGAUGGCGACGCAGCUGCGUCCCUCCCCACCAAGCAGGAUGACGAGUUCCGUCCGUUCAUCCGCCGUCUUCCCGAGUUCAAAUUCUGGGAGAGCGCCACCCGCGCCAUCGCCAUUGGGUUUGUCUGCAGCUGGUUCAGCGUCUUUGAUAUCCCUGUGUUCUGGCCUGUGCUCGUUGUGUACUGGAUUAUUCUGUUUGUUUUGACCAUGCGCCGACAGAUCCAGCAUAUGAUCAAGUACCGUUACGUGCCUUUCUCUUUCGGCAAGACUAAGUACGGUCGGUCAUAAAUUGGGAAUACAUAGUCCGUCUCCCGAUAAUGAUUCUCGUGUUCAACUGAGCGGGGCAAUGCAGACCUGGCUUCUGCAUGGCUUUCCAGCUCGUCUCCCUCUUUAACUCGUCUAUUCUUGACAUGAUUAACGUGAUCUUGACCAAGCCAAAAAGCGGAUUGGAAAAGAAAGGAAGAGGGUCCUGAUAUUAAUUAUUGACGAAUGAC